GGCCGGUAUGCAUUUGAUACUCAAGCAAUCGAAGUGAUAACAAGCUCUCGAAGCGAGUUCAAUCUCUCCAGUUCUCUCAAUAUCGUCGACAAAUACUCAAGAAAAAAUGUCUCUGCUACCAUUCGUGUUGGGCUACGAGCGUCCUCGCCACAUGCACUCACACAGCCACUACUGGCCAACCAGCCGGCUUCUGGAUCAAGACUUCGGGCUGGCCCUGACUCCUGACGACCUGCUGACUGCUGUAGCGGCUCCCAUGCUCUCCGAGGACUACUUCAGACCCUGGCGCCAGCUAGCAUCACUCAGCCGCGACGUAGGAUCCAGCAUCAAGAGCGACAAGGACAAAUUCCAAGUCAACUUAGACGUCCAGCAUUUCGCGCCUGAAGAGAUCUCCGUGAAGACAGCAGACGGGUAUAUUGUGGUUGAAGGCAAGCACGAGGAGAAGAAGGACGAGCACGGCUACAUCAGCCGGCAGUUCGUGCGGCGGUACGCGCUGCCCGAGGGCGCGGCGCCGGAGACCGUGGAGUCGCGCCUCUCCUCCGACGGCGUGCUCACCAUCACGGCGCCCAGGAAGGUGCCCGAAGCCGUCAAGGGUGAAAGGAAGGUGCCCAUCGCGCAGACAGGCCCCGUGCGCAAGGAAAUCAAAGACCAGGCCAACGGCACUGAGGAAAAGUGAAGUGGUGGAUGUGAUCUAGUCUUGUAGGCCGUUUUUAUCUUGUAUUCCAAUUCCAAAGUAUGAUUUUUGAGACUGAUUUCUGUUUAGGUUAAGUUGCUAAUUAAAGUUUUUAAUUUUAUCUUCUAAAA